CAGACUGGCUUGCCUGUCCCGGUCCCUGGUCCCCAGCUCGGACGUGAGCCCUUUGAGCCGGUCGGCAGCCAGGUUGGCAGCUCCGUGACAGGUGUGACUGACAUGGCCGAGGAGUUGUCUGCGGAGCAGGUGGCUGAAUUCAAAGCAGCUUUCUCCAGAUUUGACAAGAAUGGGGACGGCACCAUCGACACCCAGGAGCUGGGUGCCGUGAUGCGGGCCCUGGGCAAGAAUCUGUCAGAAGCGGAGCUGAAGGAGUUCAUCGCCCACGUGGACACGGAUGGUGACGGCGUCAUCAGCUUCCAGGAGUUCCUGGCAGAGAUGGCCAAGAGGAUGAAAUCCUGGGGCAGCGAGCAGGACAUACGGGAGGUCUUCCGUGCCUUCGACCUGGACGGCAACGGCCGCAUCAGUGUGGAUGAGCUCAAGCAGGCCAUGGCCAAGCUGGGCCAGACGCUUUCCCAGGAGGAGCUGGACGGCAUGAUCCAGGAGGCGGACGUGAACAAGGACGGGCAGGUGGAUUACGAGGAGUUCCUGCGCAUCCUCUCCCAGAAGUGAGGCCCCGCCCGGGCCCGUCUCCUGCUCCUCCUGCCUUCUCGGGGUCUCCGCUUCUGUGGCUGGGACGUCAGGGGGCAGUCUGGGUGGUGGAGGGGAAAUUACCUACUCUCUCUUGGGCCUGGGGUCUGCGCUCUGUGCCCGGCGAGACCUUAGAGCGGCUCCUGUAGAGAAGCGGGGAGCCCCCGCCGCACUAGGCUGUUGUGAGGAAACCCAAGGCAAUGGCGGUUGAAAUAAAAGG